AUGCCAAAGUCCCCAGUCCAAUCCUCAAAACACCACCACGAUCCAGCUGCCCGCAUGUCCGAUGUCGCUCUCCGCAAGAAGAAAAACGCAGACGCCCAGGCCGCUUUUCGCGCCCGCCGCGCCAACUACAUCGCCACCCUCGAGGAGACAGCUCACAUCGCGCCAGUCACCAGCUUAGAGUCCGUCGUUCUCCAGCUCCAGGAAUCAUGCCGUGAGUCCCGCGGCGAGGCCCUCGAGUUACGGCAGGAGAACGCCCGUCUCCGCCACGAAUACCGCGAACGUGAAAAGUUCUGGCGCGCCCUCUACUAUGCAAAGAAGAACGGCCAUCCAUCCGAGCCAGAUGAUCUACCGCCACCCCCACUGUCAUCUCCAUUUUUGUCCCACUCCCAAGUCGCCCCUCUUCCUCCUCAACCCCCGCACGCACCGCUAUUACACCAACAUCCGUACCAGAACGGUUUGGGUUAUCGAGGAGACGAGUCUAUUCCACCCCACGGACCCUACAGUGCCGCUGCGCCUGGAGGUGCCAACUUCCCAAACCAAUCGCCCUCUGUACCUUUCGCGAACCACGAAGCAGGCGACGGAUCAUCUGGAUCUUCUCUCAACCAUCGUACGGCGAAGUAUUCAGCGUAUCCCUAUCCAGUUCAAGACUCUCCGAGGGAUACACGAUGGCCUGUACCACCAGCGUUGCAAACCGGCCUCAGUGGAAGCGAGGUCACCCCCCACGCUUCAUCGCCCACAUACAUCGAAUCGCCAUCAUUGACAUCGACUGAAAUGACCCCAUAUCCUGGACGAUUCCCACAUGAUGAACAAAAGGUCGCGCUAAACUCGGUGCUGGAGAGUGCACCGUACGUUUUUCCCAACGGCGAUCGGUUCCAGCAGAAUAUCGGGGAGAGUAUGCCCAACAGCCGCUCACUGUCGCCAACUACAUCUACUCCCAGCUCAUCCACAUCUCUACCACUGACGUCAUCCUUUCCUUUUCCUUUUCACGACCAGCCUGCAGGACAGGACCGCUCGGACUUUGAUUACCGACGUCAUUCUCUUCCCCACUGUCCAGAGGUCACUCUCCACGGCGGCACAGCUGACAUCUCUCUCACGAGCCAAUCUGCCGACGGAGCACGCUAUCGAGUUGGCCGUCGAACAGACUCUGGCGCCGACCACCACAACCUCCUCCCAGUUAGCGAAAGUGGAUCACAGCACGACCAGGGCAGCAACGACGGAGAUCUAGCAGAGAGCAGCCAGCGCCUUCGCCCGCGUCGUAACACGGGCCCUUCUCAUUCUCGGUCGCCAUCUCCUAAUCCCACACCCAUGUCCUGCACUGUCGCUGUUAUAAAAGCCCAAGCGUUUGGAGCUCUUCGAAGAACCCGGGCCAGAACGAAGAAAACCUCUGACGGUGCUGCCAGAGUUGCUAUGAAUGUAUUGGAGGCAAGGGGUAUCGACAUUGGCCCCUCGACUGGCUCCAAACGACCACGUCUCGAAGACGAAGACCUUGACGAAGAUACGCCGUAA